UAGAUGUCUAAAUCAUUUACAACCAAUCACCCCUUUUGUGUAAAGAGAUUCCCAGAUUUUUUGGAGAGACUCAUCAAUACCUUGGAGAAAUUUAUAUAGAUAAUAAAAAUUUAUUGUGAAAUACUUUCUAGGAUAUAUAACCAAUAAUUAGGAUCUCUAUUAUUUAAAGUAACUAUCUAACUAUUCUUUAAUCUAAAUCUCUUAAAAAGUAAAUAAAUCUGGCAAAUGUUGCUUGAGUUGCAUUUACUAAUAUUUUUUGCCAAAAAGGGGAACAUAUCAAUAGAAUUUAUGCAGCAUUUAUUUACCAUCUCUUUUUAUGCAGCAUUCCAUUUUGUUAAAGAAUAUCCUACCUACAGUACUACUGUCAUUGAUGAAACUCUACUAUAAAUAAUCAAUUUCGUUUGGACGUUAAUCUUUCCAUCGUAUAUUAUUCUUAGUUAAUAAUAAUGAAAAGCGGGAUAAUGUCGUUAAUCUUUGCGCUCUAUUUAACCGUUAUGGUUGUUACAGCGAAUAGCGAUUCCAACUACUACGGGACGACCAAGCCGGUUCAUCUGAAGGAGGAGAAAGUGACACGUCUCCACUUCUACCUUCAUGAUAUCCUCAGUGGCAGAAACCCCAGCGCCGUCAGAAUCGCACACGCCAAUCUCACCGGCGGCGCAGAUUCGGCAGUAGGAUUCGGAAGCCUGUUCGCGAUGGACGAUCCGCUCACCGUCGGACCCGGGAAAGAUUCGAAGGAGAUAGGAAACGGGCGUGGAAUGUACGUAUCCGGGAGCAAAGACAUAAGAAAGUUCACGAUCGUGAUGUACGCGGAUUUGGCGUUCACGACGGGGAAAUUCAACGGAAGCUCGAUAAGCGUGUUCUCGAGGAAUCCGGUGGCGGAAGAGGCCGGAGAGAGAGAGAUUGGGAUCGUGGGAGGACGUGGUAAAUUCAGAAUGGCUAGAGGCUUCGUCAAUAUCAAAACGCAUCAGAUCGACAUGAAGACAGGCGAUGCUGUUCUCCGUUACGAUGCUACUGUUUACCAUUAUUAACCACAUCAUUUUAUGUUCGAACCAUAAUUUGUAACAACUCUACAAUUAUAUUUCCGAUUCAAAUGAUAAUCCGAUUCCAAACUUUACCUA